CGCUGGAUGCGAGUGUCCUUACAUAACAUUCAACUGAUCGGGCUGAUACUGUUCCUUUCGAGCCCAACUUCGUGGCGCAACUUUAGUUAAACAGCUCCUCUGACAUUGAACCUGCGCUAUCUACUCUCCAGCACAUUCACACUCUACAAUACGUGGAAAGUGCGCUAGUGGAUAGUGGAGCUGGACUGGCGAAAGCCGAAUCGGGGAUUCGCUCGCAGUUUGGGUCUCACAUCGGAGGCCAGUAAGCCGGUCAUCACUCCCAGCAGUAACGGCCCCGAAGGAAAGGGUCACGAGCCACGUGUAACAACACCCUGGCAGUGAUGCAGCGAGAGGGGCUGCAGCAGCAGCGGCCGUGAAAGAGCGAGCGAGCGAGGUUUACUAUCGAAUGAUCUGACGGUGCUAUCCUCUGAUUGCGAGGCGUACUCACAGCCUCCGAACUGUAACGCACACCGGACACACGGAAGCCUGCUAGCUGGGUGUCAGCACCCCUCGCCCUCACAUACACCGUUGAGGGGCAAUGCCGGCGGAUGAGGACGUGGUGAUGGACGAGGCGGCGGAGGCAGCCGACGUGCCCGUUUCGGAAGUCGCUGACCCACGGGUCGCUGCUGCCGAGGUAGACGGCGGCGCUGCUGCCGAGGAGGGCGAGGAGGAUGGGGAUGAGGACGCCAUGGGCACUGCGCCCGCAGCCACAGAGGGGGCAACGGAGGGCACUGCCGGCACCGCUGCUGCUGCUGCCGCUGCUGCCGGUGAGGGCACUUCUACCGGGGCAGACACCGCUGCUGCUGCUGCGGGUGCGGACACUGCGGGGUCGCCCGGUGCUGGGGUCAGCGGUGGAGGUGGCGGUGGGGGUCGGCGGCCCGCGGUGGAGGACCCGGCAGCGACUGAGAAGCUGAAGAGCUAUGUGGCCAGCCAUGGCGGCACGUUGCCUCCCGGCUGGAUGGUGGUGUACCGGGUACGGCAGGGCGGCAACAGCAAGGGACAACAAGACGCCUUCUACCGCACCCCGGAGGGGAAGAUGCUCAGAACUCGCCCGGAAGUCCUGCGCGCCCUGGGGCUUGAGCCCAGUGGGGGCGCGGCGGUAGCAGCAGGAGGGGCAGCGGCAGCAGCCCCCAAGAAGGAGAAGACCCCGAAGGCCCCCAAAGGCAGCAAAAAACGUGCCUCGGAGGCACCCCAGCAGCCCCAAACCCAACCUGACGCGGAGGCAGCCGCCGACGCAGCAGCGCCGGGGGGUGAACCCGCGGCUGCAGAUGCCGACACACAGCCCCCACAGGACUCUGCUGCGGCCGCCGCAGCCACCACAGCUACCAAGGCAGCAGGCAGCAAGGCAGCGAGCAAGAGGAAGAAGAGCACAGGCGGUGGUGUCGCAUCGCCCUCUCGCUGGCCCAUUCGUCUGGAGAUGAGUCGCGAGGAGGCGCUGGGGGCGGCUGGGGAGCGGGCGCGGCAGCUGGGGCUGCAGCCGCCCUUUGAGACGGACAGAGGCGUGACUAUCCUAAGCCUCGGAGACGUUCAUAAGGCCCCCGGUUUCCACGACGACUCGCACAUCUGGCCGCUGGGCUACCGAGCAGCCUGGGCUCCGAAACCCUCCGCCGCCGCCGCCGGACGAGCCGCCAAGAAGACGAAAAAGGCGACAGCAGCAGCAGCCGCAGGCAAGCCGGAAGGUGCAGCGGAAGAGGCGGCCAACGGCGGCGACGGUGACGCCACCAUGACGGAUGCCGAGGCUGUGAACAGCACGCCGGCGGAGGCAGCGGCGACGGCAGAAGCUUCCGCCGCCGCGGCGGCGCCGCCGCCUCCACCGCCGCCGCCGUACCGCUUCAUUAGUGAGAUCCGCGCCGCCGCUGACGGCAAGGGCCCUGAGUUUGUCGUACUUCUGGAGCCCAACCCCGCCGCCACCGGAGGCGGCGGCGGCGACGCUGCCGCCACCUCCGCCGCUUCGGAAGAGCCUCUGACGGUGCUCUCCGCCAACAAACCCGACACCGUUUGGGCCGCCAUUGCGGACCUGCAGACCACCGCCGUCACCCUCUGCAAACGCCCCGCCAAAGCCAGCAGCGCCGCCGCCGCCGCCGCCUCCCAAGCCACUGCCGUACAACGUGCCCUCGCCGUCAUGCCCCCCGUCGGCAAGGUCUGGGGCAUGGACUGCUUUGGGCUGUCCGACGUCCGGGUGCUUCAGCUUCUGGAAGGCCUUCCGGGAGUGGAAGACUGCGGGGAUUACAUCCUCGUGGAGCAGCGGGGAGGUUGGGAUCUUGAGGCCAAGGGAAUCACGACGCAGCGGGCUGUCGUACUGGCGGCGACGUCGGGCCGUCGUAACGCCGCCGCCGCCGCCAGCAAGCAGCGGAAGCGGCAGCAGCAGAUGAGUAUGGAGGCGUUUGUGGACCG